AUGCAGGCACUGACCUCGAAUUCCUACGAGGAGAUUUCGGCGAUCGUCGAACAACUGGAAGAGGAGUUGGACUGGUUUUGGGAUACAGUUCGAACUGAGGCUGCAAGUAGGAAUCGGGAGAUUAAUAUGGACGAAGGGGACCGUGUACGACGGACUAUGCAUAAAGGUGCGGAAGCCAUUAACUCGCUCACGGCUAACCUCGAUCGUAUGGAGGCUCGACGUGUAAAACGCGAGCUCGAGACGAGGUCCCCGACUGCUAGACACGCUACGACGCAUCCGCUGAGAGAACGACCUGCCACCCCACGUCCGUCGCACGAGUCGAACCCGUCAUCGCGGGCUAUUCCUAGUCCACCCGAUAUUCGCCCCAAUGUUCAGCAAGACGUUGGCGCGCAGCAGCUCGCCGCUCAAGAUCAUAGUACUACGGCGAGGACAGGAGGAGCCGCCCCGGCAGAUGAGCAAGGCUCACGCCAAGGAGCAGAGCCCCCGCCCGCUCCAGUAAAUACACCAAUGGACCAAAUCCCAACUCAACGAAGUGGGAUUGGCCAUCUGGGUCCGGCAGAAUGGACGCAAUGCAUCGGCGAUACGGGCAUGGUAUCGGACUGGCAAACAGAUCCUGUUAUUCAGCGAUCCAUUGGUAAACUAUUUGCUCCCCGUCAGCCGAAUGAAGAUCAGGCUACGUUUGAUGGUAGGGUGGCGGCCGUACAACGGCUGAUCAACCCUCCCAGUCAGCCAACACCCCGAAAUCGACAGCGUGACCAGAGCCAGCAUAGAGUGCGGCCUGACGAAUUCACUGUCGAUUACGACGCUGCUCAGAAUGGACGGAACGUAGGAUCGAGCCCCGACCACAUUCGUCCCCUGAAGCUGGAGGGAGUAACUCCAGAAGUGCCCUCCUCGACGCAAACACUUACGUCGAACCAAAAUAGUCGCAAUGUGACAAGAGAGGCUAGUCAGGCCAGUGUCCACUCGACCUCCUCUCGAGACGUGAACAUUCGUCGAACCGUUGCGACGAGGGGCUACUCUAAUGAGCCUCAUGCCAUCGGGACUGUGGCCCACGGAAACGAGAUCGAUGGCUGUACAAUUCGCCUCGAUCAAACAAAUGAUUACCAUACAUGCGUGCUGCGCGAGGUGCCAAUGGCGGCAAUCCAGGCGGCGACCCCUCCGACGAUGGUGAUGACAAUCGUCGCAGACGAGGUAAUGAUGACCGUCGAGACCGUCCUCCUCACCUACCUCCAGACAAUGGCCGUAGACUGCUUCCACCGGACCGGGGCGGAGGGGGCGGAGGAGAUCCACCCGGAGGAGGUGGAAACCCUCCUGGGGAUGAUCCCUCUGAUGACAAUGGAGAUAACGAUGACAAUCCCAGGAAUAUCGGGCGUCGUAAUUGGCAGCGAGCAGCUACUCCCGCGCACGAAUACGAAGACGAACUCGUAG